ACGGUUGAGUAAAGUCUUGGGUUUGUUUCUGAACGUAUUACGAGUCAGCAAAUGUAGGUAGCCCAGCACUAAGUUUGAAUCGGGGGGGGGGCUCUCGAGGUGCAUGGGAAUAGUCUUGCUGAGCUCUCGCGAGCAUUCUCUUACCUGUGGCUGUGGAUCACAAUGCUUGUACCGGGUAUUGAAUGUUGAUUUGUCAACGUCGAAAGCAGCAGCCUUGGUGGAUUGAAGGUCUUGGCAAUGUUCCAGUUGUAGGGGACUGGAGAGGACUGGAAAAGACUGGAGAGGACAGGAAAAGACUGGAAAGGACAGGAAAGGACAGGAAAGGGCUGGAGAGAGCUGGAGAGAGCCAGAAAGAGCCAGAAAGAGCCAGAGAGAGCUGGAGAGGGCUGACAGGUGUCGGCAAUAUUGCUCUCGUAGAUGGUUGCUGGCAAGAUUGCCGACGUGGAAAGAAGAUGAUGAAGAGAAAGAAUCAAGAAGUUGAGAAAGGGAACAAGAACUUUUUAUAGUAAGGCUUUUCCCCCUGGUUCCCCAAGUCCUAGAAAGCUGUCUGUACCGUUUAGACCGGAGAAAAUGGCAGAGAACAG